AUGUCCAAUCUUUAUUUUAUCAUAGAGCUGGGAUGUCAGCCUGCAGCAGGUCUCAGUAUACUGGCUGCACUAAUAGCCUGUCUCGUCUGGCGCUCGGUCUCAGGGGUGAACGAGCUCAAUGCUCCAAUUCUGCAUGACGAUAGCGGUGAUUUUCACAAGAUCAUGGCCAAGCGAUACAAAGAGCAUCGGAACAUCCUGUACAAGAUUCCCACUUCACAUAAACCCAUGGUUAUUGUGCCUGCACAUCUACUAAAUGAUCUGAAGACACCGCCAGAGUCGGCCAUCAGCUUUCGACUUGAAAUGUUCGACCGCUAUCUUGGAAAGUACACUGCUGUUGCAUCAAACACGGAGGCCAUGAUACACUCGGUCAAAGUUGAUUUUACACGAGGGAUGAACCACGUCUUGCCAAUUGUGCAAGAAGAAUUAAUAUUUGCGACGGAGCAAUGUCUUGAAAGCACUAACGGUUGCGAAGAGGGUUGGUUCCAGACGCCAGUAUAUGCAGCAGCCACGCAGAUGAUUGCUCUCAUAUCCGGAGAGUCUUUGUCGGCCUGCCUCUGUCCAGAAGCAAAGAAUGACUCCUUUGUUGGUGCAGCAGAGAUGUGGAAGUAUCCUUCCUGGUCAUGGCCGAUUAUGCAGUACAUCGUUCCACAGACUAGGCGCAUCCGGUACUACCGAUCAAGAGUUGCACAGAUGCUGAAGCCAAUUAUUGAGUCCAGGCUGAGUCAGAUGCAAGACCCGGACUUUAAGAAGCCUGCAGACAUGAUUCAAUGGCUGAUUGAUAACUCAAACGGCAAUGGCCACAACUUGGCCCUCCAAGCAAAUGAGCACAUUGUGGUGAACAUUGCGGCCAUUCAUACAACAGGCGGCCAACUCGCACACACUCUCUAUGACCUGGCCCGGUGCCCAGAAUAUAUCCCCAUUCUGCAAGAGGAGAUUGAUCGAGUGUUGGCGGAGGAGGGCGGUACAGGGGCCAUGACAAAACAGACACUUUUCAAAUUGAAGAAGAUGGACAGUUUCUUAAAAGAAGUGCAGCGAGUCAAUCCUCCAUCAAUGGUGUCUACAAAUCGCAAAGUCCUCAAGCCCAUAAAACUUUCUAAUGGGAUAGAGCUUCCUGUCGGUACAUCACUGGCAGCAUCGGCCGGCUGCGUCAGCAAGGACGAGAAUAUCUGGCCUGAGCCUCAAAAGUUUGAUGGCCUGCGCUUCUUUAAGCUGCGCGAGGUUCAUGGAGAUGAGAAGCAUCAAUUCACGAGUGCGAAUCAAGAGUCAUUGAGCUUUGGACAUGGCCGACACGCGUGCCCAGGUCGCUUUUUUGCAGCCGCCGAGCUGAAGGUGCUUCUCGUUCAAAUAUUGCAGAACUACGAGAUCAGUUUAUGCAAGGGCUACAGUCGAGACCGACCACUCAACUUUCAUGCCGAGAUUUUGGCUGUUCAAGACCACACCUACGAGCUGAGAUUUAGGAGACUUACAAUAGACUAG